AUGCCUGAGCACACAGCUGCCUCGAGGCUCCGGCUCUCCGGGCUGUGCUUCCUCCUCCAAAUCCUCAACAUCCUCCUCUUCGCCGUGUUUGUCCGGUACAGCCCCGAGAGCAGCCCCGGCCUGUGCCCCCCGCAGCUGAACUGCAGCCAGAGAAACCAGGACUCGGCUUUCCAGCAGCACCGUUUCCAGGAUGUCCACAUCCAAGUGCUCCUCAGCUUUGGGCUCCUGGUGGCAUUCCUCAGCCGCUAUGGGCCAGGCAGUGCAGCCAUCAGCAUUCUCAUCAUAGCCUUCACCAUCCAGUGGGCUCUUCUGAUCCAGGGAUUUUUUUACUUCUUCCUCAAUGGUAAAAUUUACGUGGGAGCUCCGAGCAUGGUCAGUGCUGACUUCUGCACCGCAGCUGUUCUGAUCUCCACUGGAGCUGUUCUAGGCAGGGUAAACCCUGUCCAGAUGCUGCUGCUGGCCCUGCUGGAAGUCACCCUGUGCACUCUCAAUGAAUACAUCCUGCUCAGUCUCAUGGGGGUAAGCGACAGUGGACGCUCCUUGACCGUCCACACCUUUGGUGCUUAUUUCGGCUUGGUGGUUUCACGGGUCUUGUACCAGCCCUGCAGGGACAAGAGGAAGAGGGAAGAGCGGCAGGACAUGGGGCAGCAGACGGAUGUCUUUGCUGUGGUUGGAACCAUCUACCUGUGGAUCUUCUGGCCCAGCUUCACCUCUGCCACCACUGCCCAUGAUAAUGCUGAGAACUGGGCAGUGCUCAACUCCUACUUGUCACUGGUGGCAAGUACCAUUGCCACCUUCAUCCUCUCUCCUGUCCUCUACGAGGAGAGCACCCCACGGAUGGUUCAGAUCCAGGAUGCCACGCUGGCUGGCAUGGCUGUGAUGGGUAUGGCUGGGGAGAUGCUGGUCACCCCCUUCGGGGCCCUCAUCGCAGGGUUUCUGGUUGGUCUGAUCUCCCCACUUGGCUUCAGAUUCUUCACGCCUGUUCUACACUCCAGGUUGAAAAUCCAGGACACGUGGGGGGUUCACAACAUCCACGGGCUGCCUGGGAUACUGGGGGCCUUGCUGGGGACCCUGCUGACGCUGCUGGCCACUGCAGACACUUAUGGUGACAGGCUGGAGCUUGUAUUCCCACUGGUGGCCCAGGGCAGCCGGACAGUCACUGACCAAGCGUUCAUCCAGCUCGGUGCCCUGCCCCUCACCCUGCUGCUUGCAGCGCUCGGGGGCUGCCUCACAGGUGCCGUCCUGAAAAUCAAGGUGCUGAGGUGUUCCCCGGACGCGCAGUACAUGGAAAACACCGUCUUAUGGGAGGUGGCUGAGGAAGGAUGUGAGCACAGGGCAAGCAGGAAGGAGCUGGGCAUCAGCACCUUGGUGUAA